GACUUUUCUACAACUUCAAAAACCCAGAGAGCAUUGUCUAUUUAAAAACCCCUUCUCAUUACAUUUUGUCCCAGAGUAACCAAAAGAAAUUUGAAAAUUUUCUUCUUCUUACUUCAACAGGCCUUGCAGAACGAAAUUGAACCCAAAAAUGCAGCUCAAAGAAUCCAUUUACAAGACCAGACACUACAUUCAUAGAACUCUCCGAAACCUCAAAUCGUCACUCUUAGGAGAUUACCAAAAACUACCUAAAACUCCUCAUGUUAAUCCUCUCUUUAAUCCCAAAAUGCAGGAUUUGGAUAAUUUCUACAAAGAUUUCUCCCAACAUUGGGAUUCUGAUCAUAAUAAGGUGCUGAAGAAAAAGAAAAACGGUCGAUUUUCGGUGAAAGAAAAAAGAAAGAGAGAUGAAAAAUCAUCAUGCAGUGGAAGGUCCAUGAAUGGUGCAAGAAAAGAAGAGAAGAAAGAUGAAUCUAAUAUUGUGUGCCAGACGUGCAUGGAAGGGAAACAAGUGGGGUCCAGUUCAAAGAUUGUAAAUGGUUUAGCACAUAAGAUGAAAGAAUUGGAAAUGUUUGAUAUGAAUGAUUUGGACCAUGUGAUGGAUGUGGAAGAGGUGAUGCAUUAUUAUUCUAGGCUUACAUGUCCACUUUACCUUGACAUUGUUGACAAAUUUUUCAUGGACGUGUAUAGGGAGUUGCAUCCUCCACAACCCUUGGUCGACCAUUAAAUUCAAAGACCACGUUGAAGAUGAAAUUUGAAUAAAUAGAUUUAUGUGCAUUCAAUGGUCUAAGCUUUUAGACGAAGUUAUUAAAUAGAAUUGGAUAUUUUUGUUUUC